AUGACUUCAAUGUGGAUAUCAACAUUAAAAGUCAAUCGACCAUGUACAGCUCUCCGUAAUCGGACUCGAUUCGUCGCAUGUGAUUCCCAGUCGUUGCGCUUCAGACAAAAUCAAGGAUAUCGAUAUAAUCAUUCAGGGCGAAUUGAUAGUCAACCGGGAAUUCCUAAAUCACGAAAAUGGACAUAUAUCGGUUUAGGCACAACAAGUUGCUUAGGAUUGAUGACUUUAAUGUUGAUGAGAGACACAUCGGAAUUCAAUUUAGAAGAUCAAGAUAAGAAAAGAUUAGAAGAUCCAUUAAAUCAACUUCAAUCGGAUUGUUUAAUAGCUAGAACUGCUCACUUAUCAUCUAGAUCAACAGCUGAACUCUUAAGGAGUUAUUUUACUUUCUUUAUGUGUGAGAUACCAGCUUUAGUGGAUUAUGGUCCUAAAGCACUUGAAAUUUAUAUGGCUGCUUGUGAAGCUGUUCCCGUCAUCGGUCAUUUAGGAUGGUUGAUAGCUGCUACUAUCAUGCGGCAAACCUUUUUUGCCCACUAUACCGGUGGUGAAACAGCCGAAGCUUGUUUACCCGUCUUACAAUCCCUUCACAGUCAAGGUGUAGGGACAUUGAUGAAUUAUUCAGCUGAAGCCCCUAAACUUGCACCUGGCAGUACUGUUGUCAGCGGAGUGAGCCAACAACAUAUUGACGCAAAUUUAGCAGCAGUAGCAGCAGCAGCUCAAUUCGAAAGCUCAUCAAACCGUUAUCCUGCUGGUUCAGCUCCAAUUCGACCUACCACAGUGGCAAUUAAAUUAUCUGGAUUAGUAACAGAUCCAUAUGUAUUUGAAAGAGCUUCAUCUUACUUAUCUGAUCAAAAUAUUUCACCUUAUCAACCUAUUGGAGAAUUGUUUCCUUCUACUUCUAAUUCGAAUGGAGCACCUACAUUAUCAAAAGAUGAUCGAUCUACUAUGGAAAGUUUGUUGACUGAAUUGCGUGGUAUAUGUCGUCAGGCAAAAGAAUCUAAUGUUAUAGUCAUGAUUGACGCGGAAUAUAGUUGGUUUCAGCCUGCUAUUGAUCGUUUAGCUACUUUUCUUGCAGCAGAAUUCAAUCGAUCCGAUGGAUCCAAACAAUCUAAUCAAACCACAUGGCCAACCGUCUAUAACACAUUUCAAGCCUUAUUAAGAUCAACACCGGACCGAAUUCAAGAAGCCAUUAAAUUAGCAGAUUCCAAUGGAUUUUCAAUCGGAGUUAAAUUAGUCAGAGGAGCCUAUUUAGUAGCCGAAACUAAUCAUUGGGAAACAUCUAAAAUCCCAGUUUGGUCUAACAAAUCUCAAACUGAUGAUUGUUUUGAUCAAAUCGUUUCAAGUUUAACUUCUAGACUGUCAAAAGAAAUUAAAGAACCCAAAAAGAUAUCAGAGCCUAGAAUCGGUUUAAUGAUUGCUGGUCAUAAUGUUGAAUCUGCUAUCAAAGUUCUAAAACAAUUAAGAGAUCAAGAAGGAUUGGCCCAUGAUCUUGUUGAGAAUGGGUCUAAUAAAUUAGCUUUGAAUGAUGCUUUAAGAGGUAGAAUUAUGUUUGCACAACUUUAUGGAAUGGCUGAUCAAUUGACCAGUGCCUUAUCUGAGAUUUUAAUUUCACCAAAUCAAACCAAUCAGAAUAUCAAUUUACAACCAUUUGUACAGAAAUGUUUACCAUUUGGAUCUAUUAGUGAAACCAUACCAUAUCUUGCAAGAAGAGCACAAGAAAACAAAUUCGUUUUGCAGGGAUCUGGUAAUGGUGAAGUUGGACGUGCUACUUUGGAGAGAAGAGUAGUUGGUCAAGAACUUAGGAGAAGGAUUUUAAAGCGCUGUUCAUCAUCAUCAGUGGUCCCAUGA